CAGUUUAAAGGAGCUCUGAAGAGAAGACGGGCGGACGUAUCUCUGUGUUAGUGCAGCUACUGUAAAACUACAAACGAAGAACCGAUCAAAGAAUUGAUCCAACAUGAAGAUGAGCACUGCGGUGUAUCUGACAGCUCUGGUAGCUGCUGCCUGCGUACUGGCCACCAAAUACUCUCCACCAAAGGUUCAGGUGUACAGCUCCCAGCCAGGAGAGUACGGCAAGGACAACACCCUGAUCUGCCACGUCAGCGAGUUCCACCCCCCUGACAUCACCAUCCAGCUGAUGAAGGACGGAAUGGAACUUCACAAAAGCAAUCAGUCUGACCUGGCCUUCAGAAACAACUGGCAAUUCCACCUGACCAAGACCGUGGCCUUCAAACCCAUGAAAGGGGAGAAGUACAGCUGCAGGGUCACUCACGGGACCAAAGUUAAGGAAUAUGCCUGGGGUGAGUUAGGAGCAGCCAAAAUAUGUGUGCAACAUCCUCAUAACUUAUGAGCGGACAGAAAGAUAACUGUACAGGAGACAUUA